AUGAGGAAAGGGAGUAAUGGCUUGGGGUGGAGUUUGCGGAGGAGAGAGUUUCAUUCGUCUUGUGCUAGGCUCCACGGUCAUUUAACAAGACCAGAACCCGGUACUGGAAUAAAAGUAACGUUCAAAGACUCGAAGGGGGAACUAAUCAAAACGGUCGAAGCAAAUGAUGGGGAUGACCUUCUAUCGCUGGCGCAUGAACAUGACAUUGACCUUGAAGGUGCUUGCGAACGCUCUUGUGCGUGUUCGACCUGUCACGUCAUUCUACCACAGGAACUCUACGACAUACUCCCCGAACCCGAAGACGAUGAAAAUGACAUGUUAGACAUGGCUUUCGGGCUCACGGACACCAGCCGCCUGGGAUGCCAGGUUUAUGUGACGAAGGAAAUGAAGGAGAUGGGCGAGAGAGGAGAGAUUGUCGCGACGCUGCCGAGUGCGACGAGGAAUAUGUUCGUUGAUGGUGAGCCAAUCCAGUGA